GCCCGCUGCUGCGUCCCCACUAUGGCGGCGCCCAUACAGCCCAGCGCUUCGUGGGCGCCCGCCGGGAUUCCCCGCGGCUGUCGCCGCCACCUGCGCCGUGGCCUGCGCCUCCUCGCCCCGCGUAGGGCCGGGCGCCGCCUCCCCCCGGCCCGCCUCUCGGCUGCGAUCAUGUAGACAAUUGUAAAUCAUGUGAAGAUGGGACUCUUGGUAUUUGUGCGCAAUCUGCUGCUAGCCCUCUGCCUCUUUCUGGUACUGGGAUUUUUGUAUUAUUCUGCGUGGAAGCUGCACUUACUCCAGUGGGAAGACUCCAAUUCAGUGGUUCUUUCCUUUGACUCCGCUGGACAGACACUAGGCUCAGAGUAUGAUCGGUUGGGCUUCCUCCUGAAGCUGGACUCUAAACUGCCUGCUGAGUUAGCCACCAAGUACGCAAACUUUUCAGAGGGAGCUUGCAAGCCCGGCUACGCUUCAGCCCUGAUGACUGCCAUCUUCCCCCGGUUCUCCAAGCCAGCACCCAUGUUCCUGGACGACUCCUUUCGCAAGUGGGCUAGGAUCCGGGAGUUUGUGCCACCUUUUGGGAUCAAAGGUCAAGACAAUCUGAUCAAAGCCAUCUUGUCAGUCACCAAAGAGUACCGCCUGACCCCUGCCCUGGACAGCCUCCGCUGCCGCCGCUGCAUCAUCGUAGGUAAUGGAGCUGUCCUUGCCAACAAGUCCCUGGGGUCGCGAAUUGACGACUAUGACAUUGUGGUCAGACUGAACUCAGCACCAGUGAAGGGCUUUGAGAAAGACGUGGGCAGCAAAACAACUCUGCGCAUCACCUACCCGGAGGGCGCCAUGCAGAGGCCUGAGCAGUAUGAGCGCGAUUCUCUCUUUGUCCUCGCUGGCUUCAAGUGGCAGGACUUCAAGUGGUUGAAGUACAUCGUCUAUAAGGAGAGAGUGAGCGCAUCGGAUGGCUUCUGGAAAUCUGUGGCUACUCGAGUCCCCAAGGAGCCCCCCGAGAUUCGCAUCCUCAACCCAUAUUUCAUCCAGGAAGCUGCCUUCACCCUCAUCGGACUGCCUUUCAACAAUGGCCUCAUGGGCCGGGGGAACAUUCCGACCCUUGGCAGCGUGGCGGUGACCAUGGCACUGCAUGGCUGUGAUGAGGUGGCAGUUGCAGGCUUCGGCUACGACAUGAGCACGCCCAAUGCACCCCUGCACUACUAUGAGACUGUACGCAUGGCAGCCAUCAAGGAGUCCUGGACACACAACAUCCAGCGAGAGAAAGAAUUUCUGCGGAAGCUGGUGAAGGCACGCGUUAUCACUGACCUGAGCAGUGGCAUCUGAGUGGGCCUAGCACUCGGCCACAGAGGCCCGGGCACCACCAGAGCAAGCAGCGGUCCACUGCGCAGGAGUCUUCAGACCCAGAGAAAGACAGUGCCAAGGGGCCCCAAAGGCAGCAAGGCCUUGGCAGGGCAGCCAGAGCGGUACCUGCUACGAGGCCAGCCUCAGAGACCAGCACGCAGCUUCUCUCCGCCUGGGUCCGUGAAGCCAGAGGGCCAGGGAGCCACAGGCUAUGCCCAGCAGGCCCAGCAUGCAGGAGGUGGGACGUUAGGCAGUGAGGAUGCUGCCGGAAUCAUUUCUCCAAUCAGUGUUCGGUGUAUUAUCAUUUUGUGAACUUGGGUGGGGGGAAGGGAGGGAUAAUUUAUUUUUAAAUCAGGUUGGAGAUAUUGUUUGGUCCACUUGCCAUGCAGAAAGAGGCCCACUAGAGGGCCCAUCAGGCCGCGGUACCAGUUAGCUCCCUGGAGAGUGGGGAGUGUUAUGCCCAGCCUGUGCCCUACUCUGGGACUACAGAGAGGUGGCAGCAUCUCAUUACAGCCCCCUCCAGCUCAUGGCACUCUUUGGCCUUUCUUGGGGAUGAAAUGGGGUAUUUCUAUUCACCAGCCCCCAGCCUUCCCGCCUGGAAGCCCUGGGGCCAUCUCUUCAAAGCCAACAAGACAGCCCCCUGGGCUAGAGCAGAGAGAACUUUAAAGGAGGGGAGACCUGGCCCAGCCUGACAGGAAGAACUCCCCCUUCCAGCUGCACCUGACCUACAGGACAGUUUCCCUGCCUGGACUGACCAGCCUGUCAGAUGUUCUGGGUUUCUGUAAUGGGACUGCCCAAUCCUUGGGUUUUGCCUUUAUCCUGGAACACAGGGAAGUGAGGUCUAAGGGCCUUGUGCAGGCUGUGGCAGGCAGCCCUCAUGGAAGCAAUAAAGCUCUUCCCUGAACCUGA